GGGGGGGGGGGGGGGGUUGAUUGGCGUGCUAGAGGUUGUGACCGAUCUUAAAUUAUAACGGAGGGUUAGAGCAGGAUAUGGAUCUAGUUGUGAAGGACAAUAUCGUGAGGCUGUUGCCUAAGUCUUUUCAAACUAGGCUUUAUCAGAGAUCUGAAGCCAAAUUAGGCGUUUCUCAGCGGCGGUAUUGUCGGAUCUCCGGAGAGAUUCACGAAUGUGUUCGCCAUUCUGAGGAUUGCUGGAGAUGAUGGUGGUCUGGGACGAUCAAGAAGACGGGCCUUUGAGGGUAAAAGAGGAGGAAAAAAAGAUAUGGAUAGCAUGUCCUGGUUUCGAUCCAG